CGCCCCCGCCGCGCCCCCUCGCCGCCGCGCUGCCCAUCGACGAGGUCGCCAUGCCGGCGGAGGACGUCAGCGACCUGCGCGACGUGGUCGACGCGAUCAACAGGCUGUGCGACACCAUGAAGACUGCCGACUACGGAUUUGUCGAGCGGGAACGGGAGGAGGAGGCGGUGGAGUGCGAACGAGAGCCGGUCGAAUGGCGGCAGGAGCUCGUCGGACCGGAGGAAGUGGUCGUCAGACAGGUGGAGACGUACGUCGCUGAGAAGUGGAGCGAGACGGUAAUUGAAGAGGCCGCAGCGGCGGAGCGGCUAGCUUCCACGUUCGCGGUCGAAAGGUGGAGCGAUACGGUGCUGGAAGAAGUGUCGGAUACGAAACAAUUGGUGACCGUCUGUGAACCUAUUAGUGAAUAUUAUACGGCGUCAUCUGAAGUGUCCUUACUCUCUGAUGAAAUGGUUCAAGUGGCGGUCGAUGAUAAGGAUAAAAUCGUGAACUACGCGUCAUCGGAGGUGUCUCUGCAAUCGGAUGAAUUGGCGCAAUUCGGUAGCGAUGAUUUGGAACAGAGGGACGACAGGAACAGCGUGAUGGCCGGCCACGUGGCGGCCAUGAGGGAGAGGUUCGAGAGCAUGACGAGAACGAACACGCCGUGCCCGGACCUCAUGCGGUCCGCGUCGCCGUCUUUCGACAUCUUCAGAAACAUCACCCCAUCCCCGGAUCAAUUAGACAAAUCAUAGGACAGCGCAAUAAUAUGUUUUUCUUUUUUACCAUUCGUAUUGAAGGCUCGGCGAUAUAGGAAUCUGUGUCAUUCGAUAAUUACGAAUAAUUAAGCGUCUAAAUUUUUAUUCAUUUAUAGCUUAGGAAUUAAUAUUGGCGGUUUAGGUCAAAUUUAUCUUACCUCUACUCACUGUAAUGUAACUCUUUCGGUAUUGCCAACAAAUGCAUUUAAGUCAAAUGUGUGAAAAAUGCAAUAUAUCGAUUGUUAUGUAUUGUCAAAGUCGAUUAGAUUUCUUAAGAUAACGUGCCUGGACUUGCGCCUUGUACACUACGAAAUAUUUUUUAAAAUAAAAGCAUAUUCCAUCGGAUACUAUUCAUUUUCUUCGACCAUACAGUAUCUUCGCUGUCACAAUACACAUAAUCAUGUAUUUUUGUAAGUGAAAAAAUCGAAACGCACGAUAAUGCGCAAAGUAUAAUUAUAUUUUUCUGAUAUUUCUUUCUUUCUUUCUGUACUGUACAAGGUGUUGGAACAACAUCUUCAGUCCUUAUCCAUUCAUGUGCCAAUAGGAUUCUAUGUAGGCAGGGUUGUGAUCAUAUAAUUUUAACAUCGCAAUUCUAACGAUCGAAUACAUAUCGUAUCAUAUAAAAACGGUUAGCUUUACUAAACCCGGCAAUAUUUAAAGGACUUAGUGUUUCGAUGUAUAACCUCUAUUCUGUGUCAUAUUGUGAUUUGGGAGCGCUCAAAUUUUGUAGUUUUAUUAUACGGAAAUUGUACAAUUAGCGUGAAUCUACUAAUCCAGACCAAAUAAGCAUAUUUAGCUUACCUGGGUUCUGCUACAAAUAAGGCCCAGUAUUUACAAUCUGUACUACGGAUAAUGUUGCCAUAUUAAUAUUAGUGAUAGAUGAUAGAGAUUCGUUGACAAACUUGAUUUUAUAGCGUCAUUUGUUUUGUAAAAUUAUCUGUUGUGAAUUUUUACCAGAAUGUUUAAAUCAGUUACGUGUUGGUUUGACGGUGAUACUAGCUAAAUAGAAUUUUUUAUAUUAAGUCUGUUUACGGGGUUCGGUAUUAUAUCUUGCAACUUAGCGUAGUUCUUGUAUUAUAACGUUACGUAUACAAGUGAGACCUUUAUUGUAAUUCAAUAUACGGCUUUAUUAUGUAAA